CUAUGGCUCCAGUCCCCUGGCCAUGCUGACAGCGGCUUGCAGUAAAUUUGGUGGCUCCAGCCCUCUUCGGGACUCAACGACGACGCUGGGAAAAGGAACCACAAAGAAGCCAUAUUCCGACCUUUCAACCCCCAAAACCAUGGGGGAUGCUUACCCAGCUCCUUUCUCAAGCACCAAUGGACUUCUCUCACCGGCAGGCAGUCCUCCAGCCCCGGCCUCUGGCUAUGCCAAUGACUAUCCACCCUUUCCUCACUCAUUUCCUGGGCCCACGGGUGGCCAAGACCCUGGGCUACUGGUGCCCAAGGGGCACGGCUCUUCUGACUGCCUGCCUAGUGUCUACACCUCUCUGGACAUGGCACAUCCUUAUGGCUCCUGGUACAAGGCAGGCAUCCAUGCAGGCAUCUCACCAGGUCCAGGCAACACACCUACUCCUUGGUGGGACAUGCACCCUGGGGGCAACUGGCUAGGUGGUGGGCAGGGCCAAGGUGAUGGGCUGCAAGGGACACUGUCCACAGGCCCUACCCAGCCUCCACUGAACCCUCAGCUGCCUACUUACCCAUCUGACUUUGCCCCUCUUAAUCCAGCCCCUUAUCCAGCGCCCCACCUCCUGCAGCCAGGGCCCCAGCAUGUCCUACCCCAAGAUGUCUAUAAGCCCAAGGCAGUUGGCAAUAGUGGCCAACUGGAAGGGAGUGGUGCUGGCAAAACCCCCCGGGGUGCAGGCACUGGGGGCAGUGGCGGAUAUGCAGGCAGUGGGGCAGGGCGUUCUACUUGCGACUGCCCCAAUUGUCAGGAGCUAGAGCGGCUGGGGGCAGCAGCGGCUGGGCUGCGGAAGAAGCCCAUCCAUAGCUGCCACAUCCCUGGUUGCGGCAAGGUGUACGGCAAGGCUUCACAUCUGAAAGCCCACUUACGCUGGCACACUGGCGAAAGGCCUUUCGUCUGCAACUGGCUUUUCUGCGGCAAGAGGUUCACCCGCUCCGACGAGCUGGAGCGCCAUGUGCGCACUCACACCCGGGAGAAGAAGUUCACCUGUCUGCUCUGCUCCAAGCGCUUUACCAGAAGCGACCACUUGAGCAAACACCAGCGCACCCACGCGGAACCAGGCCCGGGGCCGCCCCCAAGUGGCCCUAAGGAGCUGGUGGAGAGCCGCAGCGUCGGGGAAGAAGAAGCCAGUCAGCCUCCCCGAUCUUCCACCUCGCCUGCACCUCCAGAGAAAGCCUCCGGAGGCAGCCCGGAGCAGAGCAAUCUUCUAGAGAUCUAAACUGGGUAGAGGAAGGUCUCCAGCUUCAGGGUCCUCUUCCCAGGCUCUCUUGGUGUGGUGGGCCACUGCUUACCCCUCACUCUUUUCUAUGCAUGCUAUACAUUGGGGUUCUCUCUGCCUUCCCCUAGACAUUCCUAGUCUGGCUAUUUCCUUAGUUCUCCUCCCUUUGCCACAAGUCUUAGCCAAACUCCUCUCAAGCCCUUGCCUGUGCCCAGUUCCUAUGCUCUGGCUUCCUAAUUUUUUCCUCCCUGUCCCUGUUCGCAGCUUCACUUACUUUCCUUCCAUUUGGGUUUCAACUCUUUGCCAUCGAGUCUUUCUGUUUCCCUACCCUAUUUGCCACUUUCCCUGCAGCUGUGUUCCAGAUUUACCUUGUGCUUUCUAUUCCUUUGAACCUUUUUUUUUUUUAAAAAAAACAAAAACAAAAACCAAAAACAAACAAAAACAACAAACACAAUGAUGAUGAUAAUUUAUUGCCCCCUGGUGGUUCUUCAUUAGGAAGCAGCUUUAGGGAGACUGGUAUUAGUAACUUGGCUGGGAGCAGAGUGCCAAGAAGGGGGCAGACCAGCGGGGAUCUGAUCCCAAAGUUGGGGUGACCCCAGGGUCAGGGAGGCUGCCCCAGCUUGAGUACUUAACCCUUAUGUGCCAGGAGUAAAGAAUAGUAAUAAUAAUAAUAAUUCUAUUUAUCUAAGUUAUGAUGACGGGUCAGGUACAGUGAGCUGGAGAAGGAAGGGGAUCCUUUUUUUUUUUUAACUAAGGAAAUCUAGUCAAAUGUAUCUGUAUAGACAGAACAAUAGUGGAGAUCUUGUUUUUAGAUCUCUCUUUGAGGUCUCAUCCGUGUUUCUUUUUCAGGGGAGUUCUUUUUUUGUUCUCUGUAGCUUUGCAGGCUGUCCUGGAACUCACUUUGUAGACCAGGUUUGGCCUGGAACUCAGAGAUAGGCCUGCCUCUGCCUCCUGAGUGUUGUGAUUAAAGGCAUGGACCACCACCACCAGCUCUCAGUGGAGUUUUAAAAUGAGAGUUGUGAGAAUUUAUGUGGUGUCUCUCAGUUGGUCACUAAGAUCCCCAGCCCCAGCCAGAAGCUGUGAAACUUCAAGUCCUACGGAGGGGAGUACUGGACUGUACCCCAGCGCUCUCGACCUCAGAGCAGGUUCUGCCACUGACCCUCCUCAUACCCUAUGACCUCAAUAGGCUAAUCCCCUGUUGUCAUGGUUAUGGAGCGUUUGCGGCUGCCAUCUUAAACUGGUCCUUUUGGGGAAAGCCAAACUAACAGGAGGACUUUGAUUUGGAUGUGCCCCUUCUGAAAAACAGGUUGGGAAAGGCUUUCUCUGGGAUCAAAUCCAAGUAAAUCAAGUAUUUAUUGAAUGCCUACUAUGUGCAAGGCCUGGUGCCUAGAAGCCAUGAGAAAGAAUUUAUUGCAGGACAGAGGUCCCUAAACGAAUUUGGGGGUACAUCCACAGGCCCCCAAUCUAGGAGUUUCCAUUCCAUUCCAGUGACUUAAAAGCCGCUUCGUGCCUUUGAACGCCUUUCCUGAGACUAUUGGAUCUUCCUGUUUCGUCCUCUGCUCCUUCUAGGCCCCCAGAUAAAAGCCAGUGGAGUCUGAGAAGAGCAUAAAUAACAUCGCUGAA